CGACUGUGUGGAGCUUGUUUCGGUGUUUCGUGAAGACAAAAAAAAGUCACACACGAAGACGAUCUUUGCGAGCACAGUAUAGUGAGCUUCCCCGACCCCAUUUUGGUUGUCAGUCCAAUGUAAACAAACGGUAACCAGAAAUAGUUUUAAAUUGUUCGUAAAAUUCGGAAUUCUGCCGAUACAGUGGCUUUAGGUGUACACUUUUAGCCGAAAAACAGUGCGUCCUAAUGGACCUGACAAUAUACAGUGAUGUACCAAACGAAACGCUCGGGUCGUACUGUCGGUUUUGUUUUCGAGAAACGGAAUUAGUUCCGAUUUUUCAUCCCGCAACUCUGGAGCCAGUAAACCGGCAGCUGCUGGAGAUAAUUAGCGAAUGUACAGACAUUGAGCUAACAGCGGAAAAUGAUUUCCCUUCCUCAGCUUGUCAGAACUGCCUUCAAGUGUUGCAAGAAUUCUAUCAUUUCCGGCGUCGCACGAAAGAGUAUGACCGAAUAAUCCGGGAGAAGGCGUUACCUCGUAUGGAACCGGAAGUCUUGAUCGUUAAGCAGGAACCAUUAGAGGAUGACACAUUAGAAAGUGUCCGGAGACAGUAUUUGGCCGACCAGCAACUUCAACAACAGCAACAAGAAGAGGAAGAACCGGAACCGGACGAGGCUGAUGAGGAAGAGCAAGAGAUCGGAAGCAGCAGCAGCACGUUGACUGCGGAGGAAACGCGCGAGGAGGAAUUUCAGCAUCCUAGCCUUAGUGCCAUUUUCAAAGUACGCACUACCUCGAGCUCAAGUGGCUCGAAAACAGCAUUAGCCAGUAGCAUGGAGGAUAACCGAUGCAUGGUGUGCGGUGAGAAGUUUUCCUCGCGGGAAGCAUGGAUCAAUCAUCUUCCGAUCCACGCGGUCGAGCGACCUUUCCAGUGUCAUAUAUGUCUGGCACAGUUUAAAACCAAGUACGUACAGCAAAAUCACAUCAAAACAGUUCACCAGAACAUCCGAAGCUAUCAGUGCAAAAUCUGCACUGAUCCUAUUCGGCAAUUUAAGAGCAAGCGCACACUAGAGGACCACAUGCGUUACCACACCGGCGAACGUCCCUUUUUGUGCACAUUAUGCAAUGUCAGCUUCUCGUCAGGCAGCGUUCAUCGAAAUCAUAUGUAUCGUGUGCACCGAGAGAUGCGCAAAAAGGACCGAAAGUGCAGUUACUGCGGGAAAGAAUUCGACCGAAUACUGGACCUUAAAAGGCACCAGACUAGCUACUGCGAGAAAAUCGUUGGCCGGGCUAUGGUGGAACGGCUCUAGGUUUGACCGAAGUCGGUUACGUUACCGCACACAUAUAGAAUUCAGUAGCAAGUGUACCGGUGAUCGCGAUAGACGACCACGAUACACACAAUUUAAACACACAUACACAUUAAAUUACAAUAUAUAAAAAUUGCAUAGAUUUAUAUAUCGUAGAGCUAACCCCACGUGAAUAGAGCUGAUGAUUAUAAUUUUAAUGGAAUAAAGCAUUACUUUAGCGCGUAUUCGGUGUACUAGACAGCAAAUGUUUUUUAUACGCAUUGGGGAACUCAUGAUUCGAACACUUUUCCUUUGCGUUCUCAUAAUAGCAUUUUACAAUUUCGUCAAAUGUCGAUCUUUUCAUACGACAGUCGAAUACGGCCACAAAAGAAGAAUAAAACUGAUAGUCUCACGUGAACAUUAAAUACUCUUAACCAUUUACAUGGCGGUCUUGCUUCAAUCUCUGACUAUAUAUCCAAGAUUCUUGCGCUUGGGCUUAAGCUUGACGACCGCACAUUUCGUAGUUACUUCUGAAGUGCGUGGAGUCGCACAGAAAAUCCCGGCAACUUGGGAUUAGUUUACCGUCUUCAAUGUACCAGAAUUUAGUAGCCACUUUGUAUAGAUCGAUGACGACGCCGGUUACGUCCAUACGAUCGUUACAGCGACUUUACCUCUGCAUCUCCACGACUGCCACGGAAGGGCUACAGAUACAAGGUUCUUUUAUGAACCUUGUAAACUUUAAAUGCCAUGCCAAUGAGCAAAUGCAUAACAAUUGGGUGGUUUAGCUUAUUUAGUUUUUAUAUGUCAAAGCGGCGUUUUCCUUAUUGCUCUCUCAUAAACCUCAUAAAUGUACCCCGUGUUUGUUGGUUUCCUGGU